GACUAUGUGUCUAGUAACAAGAAAACCCACAAGUUGUUACAUCAGUCACUAAACUGGGUGUGUGACUGUUUGUCACUUUAUUUUCUGAUGAAUUGCUUAAAAAGUCUUACAACGUCUUCAAGGUAUUUACUCCAAGAGCCAAGAUUCUGUUCGCUGCUUAAUUCAGUUUAAUUCUAUACGUUUUCAUGGGGAAAAGCUGAAACAUUUCCAACAUUACUCACUUCUGUAUUUGGUUUUUUUUUUUUUUGGUCAGUGGAAAAAAGGUGUAAUAAUGGUGUUGCAGUGUUUUGCCCUUCUGGUUUUUUUCCUCAGUAGGAGCCAUGGACAUACUGAAUUCAUUUAUACAGCAAAGGAAGAAGUAAAAUUGUUUUGCAGAACCAACACAUGGCAAAUAAGCACAAAGUCUAACCACAGCAUUGAUGUGAAUUGCACAGUGGAGUGUGUUCAUGGUGAACCACUCAAACUUAAUAAUAACCUGAAAUCCUGCUCAAAUAAACAUUCAGACAAAGUUGGUGAAAAAUGUCCGCUAAUAGCGAGCAGUGGAUUUUUUCGAUGUGUUACUGCUCUGGAUUCUGGUUUGUUGUUUCCAUUCAAACCGUCUCCCAACACUGUCACCUCAUACAUAGUCGCUACUGCAAAUGAAGAAAUGACAACCAAGUCUGAGGAAAGAUCUUCAGUCGAGCUAACUGAAGGUGAAGAAAUACUUUUAAACUGCAGUGUCAUCUUUACAGAAGAAUAUAACAGCAGGGAUUUUGUCGUGUACUGGAUCAAGACCAUUGAAAAGAACAGUAACUGUGUGUAUUCUUAUGAUUUUGACAUGUAUAAUGGUAUAGAGUACAAUCACCACUGCAAUGUGCAAGAAGAAGUGCUUUCCAGGAUCUCAAACCAAACUGAAGGACAGAACAGAAACAUCCAUAACAUCAGGAUCAGUAACGUAACAGAGUCAGAUGCUGGACAAUAUCUUUGUGCCUUACAAAUGCACACAAAUGAUAAGACAAAAGGAAUGUGGAAGAUCAUAAAUAAUAUUACAGUCAGUGUACAUAAAGACAAAGCAUCUGAAAUAGCUGCAAACAGCGCUGAUGACGAAUCUUAUGGAGACAAAAGCAGUACUAAUGUUGAGUCUCUCAUCCGCUUAUGUGUUACACUGCCAAUAAUACUGGGUGUUCCGGUAGCUGUUAUCGUGGUAUAUUUACGGAAAAAGUUUAAAACUUCACCAAGAUCUCAGGCCAUGGAACUGCAAAUAAUGCAACAGUGAACAAUGAAACUCCUGAUAUGAACUUUGAGGCAUGAGAGCAGCACAGGUGUCCACAAACUUUUGGCCAUAUAGUGUAUUUAUCUUUAUUCAUGUCCAAGGUUCUUUUGGUGUAACACAUGGAAAAGUGUCGCUGUUUUUGUAACUUUUGUAACUUUAACCUUUUGUAAUAAAGUUUACAUCCAGUUAAUUUACGUGUCUGAGUUAAAUCUUUGAAUCAGCUCUGUUCAGUUUAACAUCCUUAUGCUUAGAAUAUAACCC